GCUCCCCGGACCGGCGGGCCUGGCAGGCCUCGGGCGUUCCGCAGGUUUCCUUUCCCUCUCCAUCCCCACCCCUCCUUCCACGCCGUCUUAUUUGCGGCCUCUGACGCGUGACCCCGCCACGCUCGCGUCCCGGGCCGGUGCCAGGCGCGGGGUGCGCCCGGCGCCCCCAUGUUCCUCGUCCGGGUGGCCGCACUCGCCGCGCCCCGUAUCCCACUCCGGCUCCUCGGGAGAGGGCGCGCCGCCAUGUCCACCGCACAGCCACUCAAGUCCGUGGACUACGAGGUGUUCGGCCGAGUGCAGGGUGUUUGCUUCAGAAUGUACACAGAAGGUGAAGCUAAGAAAGUAGGAGUGGUUGGUUGGGUGAAGAACACCAGCAAAGGCACGGUGACAGGCCAAGUCCAAGGGCCUGAAGAAAAGGUCAAUUCCAUGAAGUCCUGGCUGAGCAAGAUUGGGAGCCCCAGUUCUCGCAUUGACCGCACUGAGUUUUCCAAUGAGAAAACCAUCACUAAGCUGGAAUACUCUAAUUUCAGUAUCCGAUACUAAGGAAAAAGGAGUAAAAGUUGUAGUGCUUACAGUGCAAGAUAACUGGCUAUGUUCUCAGUCUAUAUUUUAGAGUAAUAAUUGCAUGGUAGGAUUAAAAAGGAGAACUUCCAUUCUGAUAGCUACCGAAUUACAUACGACUAAACAUGUCUGUCACUGGAAUGAUUCUACUCAACUAUAUGUUCAGGUAAACCCACAAUAUUCCAAGAUUGAAAAUGACAUUAUAAGCUAUUUCAUGUGAAUGUUCAAAUUAAGCUUUGUCAUGAAAUAUUUCAUUUCAGUGAAAAAUCACAACGUACAUGUUACUCCACUAGACAGAAAAUAAUAAAGUUAACCAUCUAAAAUUAUUUUUAGGUACUGUUGUCUGUGAUAAAUUUGAAUGUCUUAUGAAUAAUAAUUUGCUGUUAAAGUUGAGUAACUUAUUUUUAAUUAUAUUUUAUUAACUCUAUGUGGUUGUACAAAGGUGUUAGCAUUCAAUAAAUCAGUUUAUGAAUACAAAUCUUGAUCGUUGCCACUCAAGUAUUUUGAUAUUUGAGUCUUAAAAGAUUUUAAACAGUGGUUAAAAUAAAUACAUGGGGUGAUCAAUAAAACCAUAAUAAUAAACAUAAAUAGUUAACUUUUAACAUUUUGGUUCAAUGAGAAUAUAAUUACAUAGUAAGUUGGACUUACUUAAUGUCUAUAUAUUAUUCUAUAUAGUAGAUAAGAUGGCUUGGUGAGGAUAGCUAUAUGAUCUCACAGUUUCCAUACAGAAAGCCCAAGAUUUUAUCAACGAUUCUCAGUCGAUGACUUAUACCUGAAAAAGCACUAACAAUAUCCCCUAAACUUGUAAUAUCAUUUGAG